GAGCUAUCUAAAAUGUUUUUUUUUUUUUUUUUCAGUUUACAGCUCAAAGCUGAUUCUUGAAAUUCGUGUAAAACAUUGAAGGAGCAGCAACUAUAUUCUGUACAACGCCGCUCGUGGACUUAAAGAUUUAGUCGGCUAUAUAUAAUUGUGAGAUUUGGUGGUUAUUGAUUGGUGAAAUUAUAUAUAAACCAUUUUCACCUUUCCUUAAUCCGCCAUUUUCUCAUUUAUGUACAUUGGUUUUACCUUUGUAACAAACUUUACUUGGUUCUAUACAGUGAACUUUCAAGUACAAGAAAUUGUUUUUGAGUUUGUUAUAUUAUAUGGUUUAGUAGAGUGUCCAUAAUCAUCGGCAGGUCGGUGAAACUUGUUGGGAAUUUUCAGUUGCCUUGAGAGGUACUUAAGGUACAAAAAAACAAGUCCAAUAGUGUUAUUAUUGGUGUUUUGUUUGAUACCUGUUUGUGUAUUAUUUAGUGAGUAUAAGGAAACUUCUUGUUUGACAAAAACUAGUUGUCAUUCUGGUUUUUGUAUGGGGUUGGUGAUUGGCACCAUUGUAUGCAGACAUAAGUGUGUUAAUUUUUUAAUACACUUCAUUAAGUGGAAUUUGCAUACUUAGGAUUGAUUAAGGUUUUAAUUAUAUAGUGAGUGAAACUCGGGAUUUGGACUAAGGUAUUUAUAUAUGUGGUGAGAGGGUAACUUGGGAUUUGAUGUGGAGUUCUGAUAAUGAAACAAAUGCAAGAUAUAGAAGAAGUGUUCUUUGAUUCUGCUGACUAUCUGUUGUCAGAAGAACCGGGGUAUGAUUUAUGGUUGAAGGAGCCAGAUAGUGUGAAGAAUCGACGAGAGAAUUUCUUGCACGAAAUGGGAUUUGUUGAGUUUUGCUCUAUGGCUAGUGCAGCCAGUGAUGAAUCUGAUUCAAUGGGACUGAACAGGAUUGCGGAAAGCAGUGGAGCAGUAUCUAGUUCUGCUUCAGAAGAAGAGUUUAUGUGUAAUGAAAGGGAAUCGAGUGGUAGUGCAAAUUCAUUGACCGAUGAAUUAGAUCAGACUUGGUUUGAUGAUCUAGUUGAAGUUUCAAGUGAUGGAGAACAUACUUGUUCUGAGGCCACUUCUGACACUAGUCACGGUAAGGAUAGUAACUUGAAAAACCAGAAAGUGAAGAAAUGGUGGAAACAAUUUAGCCUAAAGAUGAAGAAAAGUCAAACUACUGAUGUAUCUAAGACUGAAAAGCAGAAGGUAAGUCCAAUGGAAGUGCAACUGAACAAGAAAAAAAUUAAUGAGUUCAGUGCUGUUUAUUGUGGACAAGAGAUCAGUGCACACAGUGGCCUAAUUUGGACAAUGAAGUUUAGCCCUGAUGGGAAAUAUCUGGCAAGUGCUGGUGAAGAUGGGGUCAUUCGAGUUUGGCUGGUCACACUUGAUUCGUCAUGUGAAUCACCUAAAUUCAAUUUCAGCAGUCAUCACAUCAAAGGCAAGAAAAAGUCUUGUUACACCCCUGUUAUUCUUCCUGAGAAGGCAUUCAAAAUCGAUGAGUCACCGCUGCAUGAGUUUCAUGGCCAUACUGCUGGUGUAUUGGACCUUGCUUGGUCCUCAUCUAACUGUCUUCUAUCAUCAUCCAAAGAUAAAACUGUUCGUCUAUGGGAAGUUGGUUUGGAUGGAUGUCAAGGAGUUUUCCAUCACAAAAACUACGUGACAUGCAUCCAGUUCAAUCCUGCUAAUGAGAACAUCUUCAUCAGUGGUUCCAUAGAUGGAAAAGUUCGUAUUUGGGGAGUCCCAGAAAAGCGAGUUCUGGAUUGGGUGGAUGUGCAUGACAUUGUGACUGCCGUAGCUUAUCAGCCAAAUGCCAAAGGCUUUGUAGUUGGUUGCAUCUCUGGUACUUGCCGCUUCUAUGAAUUAAACGAAAGUGUACUUUCCCUCAACACACAGGUAAAUCUUCAUAGUAGGAAGAAAUCCUCCGGCAGCAGAAUCACAGGCAUUCAGUUUUUCGAAAAUGACUCCCGAAGAGUUAUGAUAACAUCAGAGGAUUCCAAAAUCCAUAUUCUUGACGGGGUCGAGAUUGUGCAUAAAUAUAAAGGUCGAUCGAAAUCAGGAAGCCGCGCAUCUGCUACAUUUAGCUCAACUGGAAAACACAUAAUAUCAGUUGGGGAGGACUCGCGCGUUUAUCUCUGGGACAAUGCUGAUAUAAGCAUCCGAGCAUCCAAACAAACAAAAUCUAUACGAUCCUGUGAGCAUUUCCUCUCCGAAGGCAUUUCUGUUGCAAUACCGUGGUCAGGGCAGGAAGCAACAGCAAUGGAUUCAGAAAAUAUUGGUUUUUGCAACUUUGACUCAACAAGGACUCAGGAUUCAAGACGAUUUUCUGUAGGAAAUUGGUUUUCUAUGGAUGUCACAUCUAGGGGCUCCGUGACAUGGCCAGAAGAAAUGCUUCUCCCACACGAAAAUGAUGAACACUUUUGUACUUAUAAUGAUGAUCAUCUUCAUCAGCAGCAUAAGAAGAACCUUAACUACAGAGCAUUAUCCCCAGCAUGGGGCCUUGUCAUUGUGACAGCUGGUUGGGAUGGAAAGAUUCGGACAUUCCACAACUAUGGAUUGCCUGUCCGGGUUUAAGACUAUUCAUAAACUCAAGGAUCUUUUAGUUGUUGAGGCAUCAUCGUUGAUGGCAUUUUCCACAACCCGGACAUGUUUGAAUGGAUGGAAUUGCCCCAUCUUAGGAGCUAUGUUGCUUUGAUUUUCCAAAAAUGUCGCCACACCUGUGUUGGAUCCUCGAGAAAUGUAUAAUAUUUGGAGGGUCCGACACGGGUGUGGCUGCACUUUUGAAUAAUCCGAGCAGCAUAGCUUAGGAGAGUUCGUCUGCAGAUAGAAACUGCGAUGGACAUGAAUUCAAUGAAUCUUUACAAGAGUAAUAUUUUGUUUCCUUGUGAAGUUGUAUAGUUGAUUUUUCUUUCCCUGUAGUAUUCUUCCUCUUCUGUUCUUUAGCUAGGACAUGAUAUCAGAUUAAUUUUUUGACUGAUCAUAUAUUGAAAUUUGUAUCUGAUAGUAUAAAAGAUAGAAUUUUUUUAACUGAAGAUGAUUCAAAAAAGAUUUCGUG